UCGCACGGUGGUUGUAUAAUCGACUCUGACGAGACGUCGUUUGCUGUGAGGUCUUUUGGAAAAGAGUAACGAGAUUUUUUGAAAAGAGCAACGACUCUGACAAGAUUUUGAAAGAGGUAAACGAUGGCGAGCCAGCAGCAGCAGCAGCAGCCUAUCACAAUGGAAGACGUAUUGCAGGAGAAGGCUGGCGGAUUAGCAGAGAAGCCCGUGACUCCUGCGGAGGCAACCGCACUGCACACAAUUGAACAGCAAGAGUUUGGGUGGGUGCAGAAGGGAGAAAAAGGGGUUGCUGCCAAGGCGCAAGCGGCAGCCAAUCGGAACGUUUUGGCGGGGUAUGCGGACCCGGCGGAGUCUGUGCCGGCGGCUGCGACACCAGGAGGCCCAGCUCCUUUGCAGCAGAGCGGGCAGGUUGCGCAGGAGGUCAAGCAGGAGUUGGAUUCGGCGGGGGCGGAUGCCGUGGGGAAGAUGGCGGAAGCACGGCAGGAGGAAGGUUCUGCAGCAGGCCCUAGGGGCUGGGUGAACGUGGCAGGGGGUCAAGGGGGGUCAGGAGGACCAGCAGCAGCCGGAAGAGGGGGAUUGGGAGGGGCAGGUGGGGCAGGUGCGGGUCGCGGGACAGCAGGGGCAGGCGGAGGGGCUUUUACAGGUCCUACUGGCGCGGCAGCGGCAGUGGGAGCAGGGGGAGCCGGAAGGGGGGUGGUGGCACCUGGCGGAAGGGCAGCAGGGGGAGCGGGAGCGGGUUCAGGAAGAGGGGGAGCGGGUAGGGGCCGCGGAGCAGGAGCGCCUGGGGCGGGCCCGGGAGGGGUCGGGGGUACGAGUGCCACGACGAUUAUAACUGGAAGAGGGAUGGCUGCACAGGGUGUGGGAGGGGCUGGGGGAGGAGUCGGGGCAGGGGAAGCCCAGCCCACUGGAUCAGGCGGAGUUCCGGGGCAGGGCUAUCAGCAGCAGCAAACAGCGGGGGGUCAGGCUGGGGGUCAGGGAGACCAGGCUGGGGGUCAGGUAACACCGGGGGGACCACCACAUUUUCGAGGAAGCGAGGAUGAUAAGGGGAAGAUUACCAUCGGUGAUGUGUUGCGCAAGGUAGGAAUCGAUCAGUUGUCCAAGCCCAUCACCCCCAGCGAUGCGGAGGCCAUCAAGAUGGCGGAGUCACUUGCGGUGGGUCAUCAGACCAUGAAGGGGAGUCUGGGAGCUCAUGCGCAAUCUGCUGCUAAUAACAACGUUGCUGCUGGGCUGAUUAGACCAGAGCAACAUGGUUCUGCGGCAGCUGCAGCGGGAGUAGGUGCGGGAGCGGGACAGACGGGACAAGCGCACACUCUCGGCGAAGUGUUGGCUGACGUGGACGCGCGUUUGGAAGCGGAUAAGCCAAUUACCCUCGCUGAUGCAGCGCGGAUAGAGCAAGUGGAGAAGCGGGCUCAUCCUCUUGGCAUCGUGGAGCCUGGGGGUGUAGCCGCUGCAGCCAUGGAAGCUGCGCGGAAGAAUGCUGGGGAGGAGCAGGAGCAGCGCGUGCUGCAGUCACAACAUUAAUCGUUGUCGUCGAGGAGAAUAGUUGUGAACCCGACCAAUGAAACAGUGACGUGGUAUGGAGAGGAGCAUGCUGCGACCAUGGAAGCUGCACGGAAGAAUGCCAGGGAGGAGCAGCAGCAGCCCAUCAUGUUGCAGUCGCAGCAGUAAUUGGAUGUCAAGGGAAGCAGCAGCAAUCCCGAUCAGUGAAAUAGUGACGUGGAUGAUGACGUGGCAUGGAACAAUGGAUAGCGGCAUUCUCAGUCAAUCAAGCCGAAAAUGGUGAUAUGGAUGAUGACGUCAGCCAAAAAAACAAUGGUGAGUGGAUGAUGACGUGGCAUGGUGAGUAAAUGGAUGGGGUGCAAUGGGUGCAGACGAAUGGAGUGAUCGGGGAAGGGUUCUAGCUUCUGAGGGGUCGUUGAUACUGCCCGAUUUUAACGAGGAUUUUGAUAAAUAGCACGGAGAACUGCGUUGGGCAUUACCCCUCGAAGAUGGCAUGGUGAAUAGAACAGUCGUUCAAUGAUGACUCUGAUGAGUGAAUUACCCUUUAGGAGAGUAGGGUGGUUUUAUUGCUGUAGGACGUAGGCACUGCUAUUCAGUGAGCAGUUGCUGAAAGAGUGUCAAGUCCAGUGAAGAUAUUCGUUGAAAGCGUUGCUACGAGAUGAUGAGGUGAUACGUGCAAACAUAAUUUGGGUCUUCAGUCCCACAAGUGCAUGCACGUACAUGCUAUAUCCUGGCUGCAACGCCUUUCAUAGACAUGCCAUCCUCUUUGCAACACCUUUUAUACAAAAAAAUAACGAUCUGUAGACUGGGUGGAAACCAUGGAAUGGAGAGUCGGCGGACGGGAAGCUCAGGUUGUACAGUAGUGAUUUACAGUACAGGUGGUUAUUUUAAUUUGUGAUUUAGUGCCAGAAAUGCAGCUCGACAACGAUCUGUGGACUGGGUGGAAACCGUGGAAUGGAGAGUCGGCGGAUGGGAAGCUCAGGUUGUACAGUAGUGAUUUACAGUACAGGUGGUAAUUGGAAGUUGUGAUUUGGUGCCAGAAAUGCAGCUCGACGGAAAGGGGUGCCAGACAUGCAGCUUGACGUUAAGGGGUGCCAGACAUGCAGCUCGCCAGAAAUGCAGCUCGACGGAAAGGGGUGCCAGACAUGCAGCUCGACGGAAAGGGGUGCCAGACAUGCAGCUCGACGGAAAGGGGUGCCAGACAUGCAGUUCGACGUAAAGGGGUGCCAGACAUGCAGCUUGAUGUAAAGGGGUGCCAGACAUGCAGCUCGACGUGAAGGGGUGCCAGACAUGCAGCUUGGCGUAAAGGGGUGCCAGACAUGCAGCUCGGCGUAAAGGGGUGCCAGACAUGCAGCUCGACGUAAAGGGGUGCCAGACAUGCAGCUCGACGUAAAGGGCAAUAGUCGUGCCGGUAAGUAAUUGUGCAUUAGCGCUCUCAGGAAUAUGAACUUGAAGUAUAGUUGUAUUACUAUCAGUAGGCAGACAUAUAAAAAUAGACUCUGCGCAGUAGUGCAGCUGGGAUUGUUGGGAAUAGGAAUUUGAAGCAUGAUUGUGCUAUCCGAUACAUUGGCGGACACAUAGAUGGGGGGGACUGUACGUAUAAACGCUCCUGGAGAAAAUAUGCACAUAUCGUGUAAACUAGUCCAGGUUCAUCAUUUGGGUCUAUGCGUUUCGGCAUUAAGGAGGAACACCGGGGAUUGAUAGAGCCGAUCGAGAGAUUGGAUCGAUGGGUAAAGUCAAUCCUUGACAAAUACAUGAUGCGGACACAUUAAGUCAAUCCUUGACAAAUACAUGAUGCGGACACAUACAUAGAUGGGGGGGACUGUACAUAUGCACACUCCUGGAGAAAAUAUGCACAUAUCGUGUAAAUUAGUCCAGGUAUCGUUUGGGUCUAUGCCUUUUGGCAUUA